AUGAACAGUACGGCCCCAGGGAGGCUGGUCAUAGGGAGAGUGAAAUUCUUCCGCCGGCACCACGGAGAGGUCAACUUCUCCGCCUUCUCCCCGGACGGCCAGACGCUGCUCACAGCCUCUGAAGACGGCUGUGUGUAUGGCUGGGAAACCCGGAGUGGGAAUCUGCUGUGGAAGUUGGGUGGCCACACAGGCCCUGUGAAGUUCUGCCGCUUCUCCCCCGAUGGCCGCCUCUUUGCCAGCACCUCCUAUGACUGCACCAUCCGCCUGUGGGACGCAGCAAAAGCCAAGUGUCUGCAGAUCUUAAAGGGUCACCAGCGGAGUGUGGAAACAGUCAGCUUCAGUCCAGACUCCAAGCAGCUGGCAUCGGGUGGCUGGGACAAGCGGGUGAUGCUCUGGGAGGUGCAGGCCACUGGUUCCUGGGACUCUACCAUUCGCAUCUGGGACCUUCGGACAGGGACCCCAGCGAUCUUCCACCAGGAGCUGGAGGGUCACAGUGGCAAUGUCAGCUGCCUGUGCUACUCAACAUCUGGCCUGCUGGCAUCCGGCUCCUGGGACAAGACCAUCCACAUCUGGAAGCCCUCGACUAGAAGCCUGCUUAUCCAGCUCAAGGGUCACGCCACCUGGGUGAAGAGCAUAGCUUUCUCCCCAGAUGGGUUGCAGCUGGCCAGCGCGGGCUACUCCCCAAUGAUCAAAGUCUGGGACUGCAACACAGGAAUGUGCAUUGAAACCCUGAAGGGAGCCCUGGAUGUGGCCUACGCUUGCACCUUCACCCCAGAUGGGAAACUCUUAUUGGUGUCUGGAGCUGUUGAUUAGGCAAGUUGCCAAGUCCCCCGCACAUGAUCAACCACCCAGAGCCUCUAGUGUAACAUCGCCACACAAGGCUCUCAAACCUCACGCCCCUGCCUCUCCCUGCCCAGGGCGCUUGGGGCCUGGAGAAAGCACAGUCAGGGCCAUUCCAUGCCACAGGCCCAAAGUAACCAUAACCGAGCACCCAGCAGAUCCUUGUCAUGGCC